AUGACUGAUCCAGCAGACACGGGCAACGCCAUCUCUUCCAAGGAGCCACCAUCGCUCAGUGUCCCCGUCUCCGAGCUUCAGCCCUCCUCCUUCCCCUCGGAUCGCUCCAAGAUAGCCUAUCUCAUCAUGCUGAUGUCCGGGAGGACUCUCACCUGGGCUACUUCUUCGGAGCUGCUGACAGAGAAAGAGGUGGCCAUGAUCUUCGUCAACUGGAAGGAGCUCAUCAUGUGUAACAUCAAGCUGCUCAAGGCUCUGAGGGUUAGGAAGAAGAUGUCGGGCGAGCGCAUGCCGGUGAAGAUGAUUGGAGACAUCCUGACGGCCCAGCUGCCCCACAUGCAGCCCUACAUCCGCUUCUGCAGCUGCCAGCUCAACGGGGCCACGCUCAUCCAGCAGAAGACCGACGAGGUGCCCGAGUUCAAGGACUUUGUCAAGAGACUGGCCAUGGACCCAGGUUGUAAGGGAAUGCCCCUCUCCAGCUUCCUCCUCAAACCCAUGCAAAGGGUGACGCGCUACCCCCUCAUCAUCAAAAAUAUCCUAGAGAAUACUCCGGAGGCUCACCCGGACCAUAGCCAUCUGAAGCAGGCUCUGGAGAAGGCUGAGGAGCUGUGUUCCCAGCCCAUCUUCCUGAACGAGGUGUUGGUGAAGCUGCCAACAGAUCCCUCGGGAGACGAGCCCAUCUUCCACAUCUCCCACAUCGACAGGGUCUACACCAUACGGGCAGAGAGCAUCAAUGAGAGGACUGCUUGGGUGCAGAAGAUCAAGGCAGCUUCGGAGCUCUUCAUCGAGACAGAGAAGAAGAAGAGGGAGAAGGCCUACCUGGUUCGCUCACAGAGGGCCACGGGCAUCGGCCGGCUGAUGGUAAACAUUGUGGAGGGCAUCGAGCUGAAGCCCUGCCGCUCUCACGGUAAGAGCAACCCGUACUGCGAGGUGACCAUGGUCCAGUGCCACAUCACCAAGACCCUGCAGGACACGCUCAACCCCAAGUGGAACUCCAACUGUCAGUUCUUCAUCAAGGACCUGGAGCAGGACGUGCUGUGUGUCACCGUGUUUGAGAGGGACCAAUUCUCUCCUGACGAUUUCCUAGGCAGGACAGAGAUCCGUCUGGCGGACAUUAAGAAGGACCAGGGCUCCAAAGGGCCCAUCACCAAGAGGCUGCUGCUCCACGAGGUGCCCACAGGAGAGAUAGUCGUACGACUGGACCUGCAGCUCUUCGAGGAGCCCUAGCCCAUCCCAGUUCAACCCAGCCCUGCUCAGCCUAACCCAGCCUAACACCCAUAUACUGUACACUCCCCCCCCAAACCCCGUUACCCCUGCCCGAAGACUCACCAAGCUCUAGUGACAAUCCCCAACGGCCCAGCCCCACACUCCAGUGUGUGUGUGUGCGUGCGCACGUGUGACUGUGUGAAUGAAUGUCUGCAGAAGGGUUUUAAUUAUGUUUUGUUUUUUUCUCUCUUUAUGAUUUGUAUCAUUAUGGUGUAUAUAUGAUAUCAUGAUUCCACUAUUAUUUGGUUGAACAAAAUUAUGAAGCAUUCCACAGCUAAUCUAAAAUCUCAAAGGCCAUCUUAUUACGCAAUGAACCUUUGAGACAUGAUAUACUGUAGAGAAAUGUUUGAACAACACAUAUGAUCAUUGCUUAUGCACUGUAUGUCUGAAAGAGCCCACCCUGUGGCAUUAACACCUGGGGCGUGUUCAUUAGUCAACAAGCGGGGGAAAACAGACAAACCGUGCGAGACUCCCUUGUCCAAUAUUAAACGUUCAUUUUCGUUUUACGUUGCAAAACGUUUUAAAACGCCUUCCGUUGUGUGGCCUUAAUGAACACCACCCAGGUGACCACACUGUUGUUGUGCCAUCCCUGUGACAACAUACGGUAACCUCCCAUAUAACCUUUGACACUGUGUUCAUGUUUAUAAACAUACAGCUAUUAUGUCAUUGCAGGUCGGACCAUUUCAAAAGCGUGUCUGAAGCCUGUCUAAUAAUACCCCUGGUUGUAUUAGCUGGAACAUCUCCGCUUGUAUUUCUUUCGUUCAAACGUGACCCAGGUUUCGAGUUAUGUAUUCUUUUCCGUGUACGUCUGUUUGAGACAAGGGUACAAAAGCAGGUACAGUACAUAAGUGAAUGUGAGGAGGAGAGAUAUACUUUGUGAUAUACCCUCAAAGGUUUGGUGAGAACACUUUGGGAAAGUGUGUUGAGCAAUUAAAGAACUGUUAUGUUAGUAUGCUGAGAUUGAAAAUGAAGCUAUCAGUAAUCUUUGCAUAUGUUCCACAUAUUGAGCGUUUGUGUUUUAGAUUGGAAAUUCAAAUGAAAGGCCAGACGAAAUGUUUGGGUGUAUUUGAGGCAUUACAGAAGUACUGUACGAAAGUACACACUAAUAUAUUGUCUAUCAAAUUGGCUUAGCCCAAAACAUAUUGUUGUACGGUUUGAGGGGAAUUGAAGAGCAGAUUUCCUGUUUUCUAAAUGAUGUGUAAAUGAGUGCCGAUUUCUAGUUACAUUUGCAGCGUAGGCCAAGAUGAUGAGUACCAAUGUACUACAAAUCAUUCGUUUUUCGAUGGUUAGAAGAAUCAUACGGUGAUGUCAGGAAUGUUUUUGUACUUGUUCCGAAAAAGUCUGUUAUUUUCAACGCAUUCAUAUCUUCACGUUUUGUAUGUAUAUUUUGGUUGUUUUUAAUUACAUUUUUUCGUACG